CUUUGAGUGACGCGAAAGUGGAACAGAAAGCGCGUCGUGCUUGGCUACAGCCAAUCAUUGAGCUGCAAGCUCAAAAUCACGUGUGGGAACUCACCGUUUUCAGGUGGAGUCGGGAAAUCAGAGUCAGAGGGGCCCUGAUUUCCAGAAGGACAUCGUGAACCAGGAGGCCUGAGGCCCCCACAGGCGGCUGCUCCCAGCCUCUUGCAGUGUCCCAGCCUUCAACAAGUUCAACAUUCCACCAGAUUUGGGGUUCCAAGCCCACUUUCCUGGCCACCCUCCAUCCUCAGCUUGACAUAGCGACACCUACUGCCCGUCUAAAUUAUUGCUCAACCACGAUAUUGCCGACCCAGACGAAUUGACGACAAGAGCGAAAACAUAUACUUGAGCCCGCGCUGCGUUUUGAGCACCGCCCGCGCAUGAGGAUUGGAGGCUUCGAUCGGCCACAUGCCCCCUCGUCGCAGGCACCUCGAUUCUCCUUACCAUGGAUACCCUACAACUGAAGAAUCGUCUACCUGUGGAGGAGGAGGUUGAAAACUGGGACGAUGGCGACUUCAUGAUGGAAGGAGGGGACGACUUUGGUUUCCGCAGCACUUCAACCACCACCACCGCGCCAUCACGCCGUCGCGACUCUAACUCCUCACACAUGUCGCUGCGCUCGGAACUUGAGUCAUGGGCGGAGGAAGAAGAAAACCAAGUCCAUAUUCCGGGAGACGACGAGAAGUCUACAAUGGAGGCCCUGUCGGCCGCGAAGGAUGCGGGCAUACCUCUACCAACAGGCAUCUCAGCAUCCGCACUCAUGGGAGGGACGAUCAAGCGGCUGGGAGGUAGAAAGAUACGGAAGAUCACGCAGGAGGAUUGGGACAACGACCUUGAAAUCCCCGAUUCCGCGCAGGGCUUUCAGAUCAAAGCGCAGGACGACACGGCCUUUCCUGAAGUGCUUCGACAGGUCAGUGGCGGCUCAGUUCAAGCGAGUCCCACAAAGCUGCCGGGGAGUAAAGCACCCCCAUCGGACACCAUGAUGAGGAGCCCCAGUCGUGCAAAUUCUGGUUCGCGAGGCGCACCGCUCAACCUGGACCAGUUCAAGGACAAUGACGAGGAUGACUUCUUUGGCGACGGGUUGGCCACGAUCAAGGUCGCAAAACGGCCAGUCAUGAAGCCUAUCUCACUCAUCACACCCCCCACACCACAGAAACCUGCCGAAGUCCCCGCGGAAGACGACUUCGAGCAAGGUCUUGAGCUGCCCUCAGACGGUACGCUACAGCUCUCGCAACGGAGAGACAUUCCCAAAACCCCGAACACACAAUUUGACGAUCUGGAUUGGGGCGAGGGCAGCCUGGGGACUAGGUUUGGUGGUACGCGACGGGAUGGUAGGUCAAAUAGGAGCUCAUCCGCCUCUGCUCUGAGUCCCAGCAUCGCCAGUUCAGUCACUGCCGAGAGUGAAGAUGAGACUUUUGACGGAUUGGUGCUACCCACUGGACCUGUCAACUUUAACGACCGCCUCCAGCAACGCCGCAAGAGCAAGUCUCCUGUGCGGAUACCAGAGGAACCUUCGCCUCCGAAGACGAUGACUACGACUCCAGCCGAGGCAGACAAGCCUGGAUUUCUCGAUGGCCUGGACAUUGGAGAUGGAGAUAUGUUCAACUCGGGCAAGUUGACGCUACAUCGCAACAUAAAAUUGAAGGAAGCUCCCAGCAGCAGCCCUGCUCGGCCGAAGACAGCAGUUUCUCUCACAUUCACCAACAAGCCUUCAACAUCCACCCGCAUUCCCCGACUGCACCACGAGCGGACACACUCAACCUCGCUAGAGCCCGUCUCAGAGAGCGGGGGCCCGAUUCUUCAACGGGCUCGCCGUCCACCGUCCCGCCUGGGACAAGGCCACCAGGCUCAAUCGUCAGUGACCAGUAUACCCACUCCAACAACGCCAUCGUCUUCCUCAUCUCAAAGAUCACCAGGGACGCCAAACAGUCGACGAGAGAUGGGUAGCAAGGUCCCUACGCCUACACUACGCAACGAGCCUACGACAACCAAUGCUCAGCUUCUUAAGCAAAAGCGAUCACUGCCUGCCAUUCGACCAUUCAACCCACCUUCCAAGAUGCACAGCUCGCGCUACGAAAGGCCACCAUCAAGGGACAACAACGGCCGGCCUUUGUCCGGCCACCGCCCCAAAACGCCUGUGGAACGAUCAAGGAUUCCGGGAAUGGAGAGUCCUGCCCAGGCACGCAAAAUCAAUGCGCCUUUCCUGCCAGCAGGCGGUUCACAAAACAGAUCUCACCAUGCGGCCUCCAAGUCUCUGCGUUCAUUCCGCCGCCAUGACUCUGACAACUUGAUCGAGCUCCGACCCAAGUCACGUUCUUUCUCUCGAGUCGGCAUGCGUUCGCCUAGUCCGCAGCGCUACCGGGUUGCUGCAGAUACUUGGGAACGACUGAGCAAGCCUAAGAACCGACGACACUUUGGUGAUGGUCAUGAAUUGGACGCAUUUGAUGACCUACCAACCUCCAAAGAAAAUGAAACGCCGUUCAUGAAACAGCCGACAUCAGGCAAUGGCAAGGCCACGCUGCGCAACAAAGCCUUUGACAGAAUGUCGACGCCAACGCCAACAACACCUCAAGGACCCAGGCCUCUGCCCCAUUUUGCGCGUGAUACCACUGCUAGCCGCAUCGCGCGCGAGACUUCCUUGGCCCAUAGGUCUACGGUCAGCAUCAGUGGACCACUAGCCCAGACGCAUGCGCAAAGAGGCACACCGUUGGCAAACAGAAGCAACCUGAAUACGCCGCAUCUCGAACACCCGCCAUCGAUACGAGCCAAGAAAUCCAAGCGACCGGCACAGCAAAAGCCGCAUCUAAUCUCGAACCUGAAUGCUGACAAGGAAUCAAAAAUGGUUAAUGGAAUGUUUUACAACCCCGACACAUUCCGUUGGGAGGGCAACGAAAAUGCACUCAACAUCUUUGAAGCACCUGUCUCGACCCCAAUCACAGCUACUACACCAGCGCCAAUGAACCAGGAGAAAGCCACGACGACACCGCGCCCUGCGCUAAUCACAAACAUCAGUGCCACUAAGGGAGUACAGGUCGUGAACGGCAUGGUCUUUGACCCUCAGAGCAUGUCUUGGCUUAAAAUUGGCAACCCACAGGCUGCGCGUUCGGACACGAGUGAUACAUUCGGAAAAUUCGAUGCCUUUGAGGACGAGGACGACGUCUUCAAGGACAUUCCGGACCUCGACGACAACGCCAACGAUGCGAAGAGCGGCCAGGGCCGUGUGAGCGACGUCAACGACGAGUGGCUCGUAGGCGAAGAAUUUGAUGUUGGCCCAGAAUUUAUUCGCCGACAACGUGAGGAGGAAGAAAGAUGGCGCAAGAAGUGCGACAAAUGGGUCGGUCGGGGUAUGCGGGAUCGUGAAGCAUGGCGCUGGACCAUUCGCGAGCUCGUUUCCCAAUUCGACGACCUGCCCAUGUGAGCAGACACGCGCUUUGCCCCGUCGAUGAACAUUUUGGUUCUCAGCAGGGCUCCGAUACGAGGACCCUUGCGGCGACACUUUUAUACACAUCGCUAUUGUAAUCUUUGGAAAACGCCACGACCUUAUGAAACGACAGCAUUGCAUGAGCAUUUGGGCACGGAAAAGAAGGAUAGGGAGGGCAAACCUACGGGCAGGAGGCCUGGCAUUCUGGAGUUCCUGAGUUUUUCUUUCUUGGUUCUUGUUUCACUGCAAGACGACGACCUUUAUGACACGACUGUAUCUAUACAAACAUACUCUCUUGGGCUGCACUGCGAUAGAGUUAGAGUGCGAAGAGAGUGAUGAUGCCUGCCUCCACGAGGCUUAUAACGACACGACGACAUGAAUACACGAUUUUGCUCCUUUGUCAA